AUGAGACGACAACUUGGCAUCCAAAUUGUUGAACUCUAUGAAGCUCUACUGUCUUAUCAGAUCACAUUCGUCUGUUCCUGUUACCGUCAUCGGGGUCUUGCCUUCUUAGGAGAUAUUCUCGAACUUGAUGAUUGGGAGCACAAGAUGAAACUCGUGGUCGAUGCCGAAACAGACAUAUACAAGUCGUCCAGGAAAUAUACAGCCCUGCAAAUGUCGCUGCCGUUUGAACAACCAGUCGUGAAUCGAGUAACGGACGAAGAAAACCAAUGCCUGAGAAAUCUUCGGUCUACUGAUCCUCGGGAUGACAAAGAUCGCAUGAAGAAAACCAAAGGAGGACUUCUCAUCGAAUCCUAUGCUUGGAUUGUAGGUAACCAACAGUUUCAGCAAUGGCGGACUCACCCAGGAAGGCGAGUCCUCUGGAUCAAAGGCAAUCCGGGAAAAGGGAAGACCAUGCUUCUCUGCGGAAUGAUCAAUGAGCUCUCACGACUGAAUACUGGAAAUGGUAAAGGCACCUGCCUGGCGUAUUUUCUAUGCCAAGCAACAGAUUCUCGCAUCAGCGGCGUGACUUCAGUCUUACGGGGUUUAAUCUAUCUAUUGAUCGAACAGAAUCCCUCGCUCAUCUCUUAUAUUCGAGAGAAGUACGACCUGCUGGGAAAGAUAUGUUUGAAGACGUCAAUGCUUGGUCUGCCUUUCCAUUCCCUACUUCCUCCUGGAAUCCUCAGUAUGUAG